AUGUCGAAUGAGCCUUUGAUAACUCAACAGGCACGACGGAAGAAACGAUUUAUUGUUAUUCGGUUCAGUGAUGCGUCGUUGAAAGACUUGCCUCUCGAGAUAUCGAGUAUACCUUAUGGGGAUAUUAAUACACGAUGGAUGCGUAGGAUGGUUCGUCAGAUACGUCCAGGGCAGACGUCCAAUCGGCGGUUGAAGUUUAUUAGGAACGGGCAGCCGUUGAAUUCCCGUUCGGUUCUGAGGCUUGAACAGUUUUUUGAGGAGAGUGAGGAGAAUGACAAGUACUAUGUGCAUUGUAUUAUUGGUGGAGAGUUGAAUGCGGAGCAGCAGCGGGAUGAGGACGCUUUGGAUGAUAUUGGGCAGCAGCCAGAUGGGGCGACGUCGCAGGCGAUUGGGUUUGACCGGUUACGGAGUGUGGGGUUUAGCGAUGAGGAGAUUGAGUUGUUGCGGCAGCAAUUUCGUGCUACAUAUGGGGAUUUGGAUGAUGUGCAGCAGCAGCGUGGGGCAGGCGAUAAUGAUAUUAGACACCUGGAAGAACAGUGGAUAGAGACGGGCGUUACGGAUCAAGGAAUGCAGUUUAACAGUAUUCCGAUUGCAAAUUACAAGUAUAACAUCGAUUUACUCAUUGGGCUUGUGAUUGGAUGUUUGCUCGGGGUGUUUAGCAUUCUAUUGAUGAAGCAAGACGGCCUGUUUACCAAACGGCAGAAGAUGGCCAUAGUGGCGGGCAUCAUUUUCAACAUAGCGUUUGGUGUACGCAAUUUCUAA